AUAAGGAGGCCGAGGGCGGGAGCCGAGUGCGAGGGCGGCUGCAGGUAGGGCGGGCGGGACCGCGGCACGUCUGGCGUCCCCGAUGAGUCCCAUUGCCCCCGCUUCAGGGAGGACCAUGAGGGCGCUGCCCGCCUUUCUGCUGGCACUAGCUGUGCGCGGGGCGGUGGCGGGCGCGCCCACCUACCGGUGGCGGGACGCCGACACGGGGGAGUGGCUGGUGUGCGGCCAGUGCCCCCCGGGCACCUUCAUGCAGCGGCCGUGCCGCCGGGACGGCCCCACGACGUGCGGCGCUUGCCCGCAGCGCCACUACACGCAAUUCUGGAACUACCUGGAGCGCUGCCGCUACUGCAACGUCAUCUGCGGGGAGCACGAGGAGGAGACGCGGCCGUGCGCCGCCACUCACAACCGCGCCUGCCGCUGCGUCCCUGGCUUCUUCGCGCACGCUGGCUUCUGCCUGGAGCACGCGCCCUGCCCGCCCGGCGCGGGCGUGGUGGCCCCCGGCACCCCCAGCCAGAACACGCAGUGCCAGCCGUGUCCCCCGGGCACCUUCUCAGCCAACAGCUCCCGCUCAGAGCCGUGCCAGCCUCACCGCAACUGCACAGCCCUGGGCCUGGCCCUCAACGUUCCAGGCUCCCCCUUUCGCGACGCCCUGUGUACCAGCUGCUCGGGCUUCCCACUCAGCACUUCGGGGCCUGGAAGACCAGGACCCGAGGAGUGUGAGCGCGCCCUCGUGGACUUCGUGGCUUUCCAGGACAUCGCCUUGAAGAGGCUCCAGCGGCUGCAGCAGGCCCUGGCGGGACCAGGGGCACGGAGUCCGGUGUCGCCGAGGGAAGGACGAGCGGCCUUGCAACAGAAGCUGUGGCAGCAGCUUACGGAGCUCCGCGAGGCGCAGCCUGGGGCGUUGGCAGCGCGGCUCCUGCGCGCGCUGCACGUGGCCAGGCUGCCUGGGCUGGAGCGCACUGUUCGGGCGCACUUCCUCCAGGACCCCUGACCGCCUCCCCUAUUUAUUCAGUGAACCGUCCCCCAGCCGCACCAAAGGAGGCUACUGAUCCGGCUCCCAUCACGCUGAUGAUGUUUAUUUUUUAUAAAGCAGUUUUGUAAAACUCGUGUACAGUUGAA